GAGGCAGAGAGUUACCUCACACACCAACACCCCCCCCAAUCAUCGCUCCUGUAAUCGAGUGUCGAGCUGCAUGAUCCGCACCUCUGCAAUCAUGCACGUUUCGUGUCGGAUGGGAUUCUCGGUAAACACCGCAAAGCUGCCGCGGACACGGAGCUCCUGUACCGCCGCAUCCCCCACAAGUUGUUAGCGUGUGCGUGGAGCAAGAGGCGGGCUUGUCUUAUCACAGAAAAAAAAUGACUCGACAUGGCUGUAGCUUUGACUCAACAUACACGGCUUGGCGGACGAUAACCGGAACCAUAAGCAGCUGAGGGAGUGAGGCGCAUAUCAUCUUAAUGAAAGUCAUAAGUGGGGUUGGGUGGCCAUGGACCCAUUCAGCCAGCUUAUUCUCACCAUCUCGGUGACCAGUUUCAUCACCUUCCAGUGGCUCUUCCACAAAGUCAGCCCCUGGGUGUCCAUGCGCAUCAGCUCCGGCUUCCUCAACCUCACUGACAAGCAGAAGGUGGAAUGGAACUCAAGGACGGUGUCAACGUUUCAUGCGCUGUUGGUGGGAAUCUUCUGUCUCUACAUCUUGUUCUUCGAUGAUGCCGUCAAUGAAGACCCAGUCUGGGGAGAUCCUACACUGGUGAAGACUAACGUUGCCAUCACAACAGGCUACCUCAUAUCUGAUCUGCUGCUAAUAUUUUACUAUUGGAAGGCGAUAGGCGACAAGUUUUUUGUAAUUCACCAUCUGGCAGCGUUGUAUGCUUACUACUAUGUACUGGGCCAAGGAAUGUUGCCUUAUUUUGCUAACUUCCGUCUGCUUGCUGAGUUUUCUACACCAUGUGUGAACCAACGCUGGUUCUUUGAGGUACUAGGUUAUCCCAAGUCCUCCCGGCCCAACAUGGCGAAUGGCGUUGCCAUGGCAGUAGUCUUUUUCAUGGUCCGCAUCGCCGUCAUGCCAGUCUACUACAUCCGCAUGUAUGCGGUCUAUGGCACUGAGGCCUUCUACCAGGUCCCUUGGGGUGGCCGUGUAGCCUGGAUCUGCUCCAGUAUCUGCUUGGACAUCAUGAACGUCAUGUGGAUGCAUAAGAUCGCCCGCGGCUGUUACAAAGUGCUGCGCUCGGCACGCCAGAGCAAAGCUGGUGCACCUCAGGAGAAUGGGAAGACGGAUUAAGGGAACCAGGGUGUCAGUGGUGAGAAAACGCCACAGUGGAGACAAACUGAUGUCACUCUCAGUGCACUGGGGAGCCGGAGCUUGGACACUCACAUGUCACACCAAGGAGUGAUAUUACAGGACCGAAUGUAAAUGAGGGAAACUUAGCUUUUUCUGGAAAGCGGGUACAGUCACUGAGAUGCACCGAUGGACCGUUGAAGUGGCCAUCCCUAAGCCAUGAAAUGACCUCCUAGCAAUACUCUGUGUGCAUGGCCAAUUAUUUUUCUCUUGAACAAUUUACCACUACACAAAAGAGUUUCGUCCUGGGACAAUGGACUGUUAGCCCAAACACAAAUUGUCAAAAAGUUUACCGUUCUUUACAUACUCAGUGCUCAACAGAAGACUUUUCAGUGUUUUGUUGUUUUGUUUUUGUAUUAUUACUGCUCCCUGAGUCCCAGAAUAAAAAUGGUGAAUACCUGUCGAUGAUAGUGAGGCAAAGAUUUUAGGGAACCUCGAAAACAUUGAGUGAUUCCUUAAUGAUGGUCAGUGCCAUAAACUCAUUGUCAGAUGCCUGUCGAGGAGAACGGUCGAGCUUCUCUUACUUUUCUCAGAGAAUCUUGAGCUUAAUUUGCAGGGACUUGACAGACACAAGAUGGGAUUACAUCAAGUGCAAUCACAGAGAUGGAUAAAUCCGUUCAUUACUCACCCACUGUCGUUCAGUUAAGAGGUUCAUUUAAAAAGCCAGCCUUUUAAGACGUCUAUAGAAAUAUUGCAAGUCUUGGUUGCAUUUUAAGUUGAUUUAUAUAAUGCAGGAUUGAACGGGCAUUGGUACACUGUAACUCGUCUUUUGUCUUGCUGGGGUCGAGGCAGAUUGGAUUAAAGAUAACGUUUUUAAUGAAAAGGAUGUACAGAGUACCUUAGCGAUGCUAAAAGGGAAACUGAAUGUCAAUGCUGUGUUUGUAUGUUGAAUGCAAGAACAUUCAUUUUCCGUAUUAAUGUUGAGGCAACAGUUUUCAUCGAAUAUUUAAAUCCACAUGAUUUUAAUGCGUACACAGCCUGAUAUUUCACAGAAUGGAAAAUAUCAUUGCAUAAACACUGUUUUGUGGGAGCCAUGAUUAUAUUUAUUUCACAUUGUUCGAUGCAUGUUGAGGGGUGAAGCUGAUCUGGAUCGCUAAUGCAGAAUCUGUCAUACACGAACCUUAAAAAAUGAAAGUUAAAGGCAGCGUGACGACAGGGCAACUGCUUCGACAUGUCCAUUUAUGCUAAAAGGUUUGAUGGGAAAUGUUCUGACACUCCUAUAGUUUUCCAGCGUCAGGUGACCUUACGUUUAUAUAAUGAUCACACUUGUUAUUUAUGAUCUUUUAGGCACAACUUUACCCCCGGGCAACACUUUGCCAACAAGCUGCAUGCUGCUAUGUGUGUUUACCAUGAAGAAAUUGGACGUUUUAUCCAGCAAAUUGAAUUCAGUACAUGCUUUCAUUACAUUUUAAAUGAAUUUGUUUCUGCAGACAUGAGUUUGAUAUGACAUUAAAUACAACAGUCAGUGUUUCAGAUGGUAACGGCUGCAUUUGUCAAAAACAUUUUGUCGUUUUUUAAAGCAUUGUUAUACAAAUAGCUUCUGCCUCAUGUUACAUAUGAUCUUCAAUCAGCUGUUAAACAAAUAUUGCACUUCAUAUUUAUUCCACUGAUACAAGGAUUGCGUUUUGUCGUUAGUGGGCAGAAGUAUGAGGUGAUUCAUGUUGUAAUUGUUUUCCUAAGCAUCAUUCUACUGAUGAAGCAGCUCGUCAUCGAACACUGAACACAGGAGCAAAUCUGUUCAAAGGUUUUUACGACAAAUGUAUCAUUUGUUCAAAUAAAAAAGUCACGAUCAGUCGUUGAUUUACGGAACAUGUA